GAACAAUGGGUACUAAAAAUCUAUUCCUUUUGGUUUGGUUUGUAAGCAAGUUAUACUGGGAUUAUAAUAUGAGGAUUAAAUAAUGAUGGGAUUCCUAGUGAAUAUACUUUUAUUGAUAGAAUCUACAAUAGGGGACAAGAUAGGUAGAGAGAAGAGAAGUGGUUGGUGCAGAUAAUAGGAACAAAUUUGUGCGAUAUUUCAGAAUUUCCAAGUAAAAAAGGAAAUAUGUAUUUAUUUCAAUCAGUCAUGAAUGCAUGCAGAGAACAUUAGAGAGCAAAGGAGGGGGUUGGAUACUUAGAAUCUCAACAAGUUUCCUAAAUCUAUCAGUAUAAAUAAAUGUGAGAUCCCUAUAGGCCCUAGGGAUAGAUGUUCUGAUGUUGCACCAGGAGGAGAAGCAGCCAUCUCAUGGUGUUUCCGUCCGCCAAUGUGCGGUUUGUGCCGCCACUCGCCCCUUUACCCUCCAUCUUCUCCCCUACAGAGGUCUCCCUCGCCAUCUUUGCACCGCCUGUGUACUGGACACCCACCCUGGUUCCUUCUGUCCCAUCUGUUUCGAUGUCUUCCUCCACAAACCUCCUCCGCCUCACCUCCGUUUUCUAUGCUUAAAAUGCCCCUCUAUCUCACACCUCUCUUGUGUCCCUGAUGUUGCUUCCUCCUCCCCUGGUUAUGUGUGCCCUCGUUGUUCUAACCCUAAUUUCACUUUCUUCUAUGUUACUCCCAAUCACGCUAAUAACACCAUUGAAACCAACCCCCAUUUGUCUAAACAGUUGGUUGCUGCUGCUACCAUUGCUUCUGAGUCUAUCCAUAAUGCCGCCGUUAUGGCCAGGUUUAAUGCCGACAUUAGGGUCAAGGAAGCUCUGUCAGCUAAGGCCGAAGCUGCCCAGGUUUUGUGUAGGAUAAAGAAUCGGCUGGACAACCAAGAGCAUCUGCUUGGUUCCAAAUUCUCUCCCAUAGUUGUUUCUGAUACUUCAGAUGACGAUACAGGGGAAAACAGGAUACAAGAAGCAAAAGGAUGCUUGUCUCAAUCUUCAGAUGCAGAUGAUUGCGAUACCCUUGAUGAUUAGCUUGAGUAGUUGCAAUUCUAAAACAAUGCUAUGUAAGGUUUUUCUUUUUCUUUUUCUGUUGUGUGGCUGCUGGCAUCUUGCAACUACACUCUAUUUUUGAAUGCUCGGCUAUUUGAGGGGCUGUUCUUUGGCGAAUAGAGGAAUUGGAAUUAUUCAUUCAACUGUAUCUAGCUUACUGUUGAUGCCUCUAUUUCAUUUUACAUUUUCAGUGUCUUGAGUUUUAUUAGUUGGCAUGUUUUCUUCACUGCCGUUUUUCCUUUUCAUUACUAUUUUGUUUUGCUUCACUUGAGCUGAGGGUAUUCCGAAAACAACCUCUCUACCUCCAUGAGGUAGGGGUAAGGUCUGCGUACACUCUACCCUCUCCAGACCUCACUUUGUGGUAUUUCACUAGUAUGUUG